AUGUCUCGUGGAAGCAGUGCUGGUUUUGAUCGUCACAUUACAAUUUUUUCACCUGAGGGAAGGGUUUAUCAGGUGGAAUAUGCGUUUAAAGCUAUUAACUCUACCAAUCUGACGGCUGUUGCUGUGAAGGGCAACCAAACAGCGGUGAUCGCUGUACAAAAGCGUGUUCCCGACAGCUUGAUAGUGGCCGACUCAGUGACGUCCAUCUAUCAGCUGUCGCCAACAGUUGGAUGUUGUGCUAUAGGAAUGAUCCCCGACUGCAAAUUCCAGGUCCGUCGAGCCCAAAUGGAAGCUGCACAAUGGAAGUACCAGAAUGGCUAUGAUAUGCCAUGUGAACUUUUAGCAAAGAGAAUGGCUGACAAGAAUCAGUACUACACACAAAAUGCCGAGAUGAGGAGCUUGGGAUGUGCCAUGAUUAUGAUCUCGUUUGAUGACGAGGAUGGAGCAGUAGUGUUCAAAGUUGAUCCAGCUGGGUAUUAUCGCGGCAUGAAAGCAGUGUCUGUAGGGGUUAAGCAGGUUACUGCAUCUUCAUUCCUUGAGAAGAAAAUCAAGAAAAAAUCUGAUCUAAAUCACGAUGAAACCAUCCAACUGGCCAUUGAAGCUCUUCAAAGUAGUCUCGGUAUCGAAACCCGCUCCAAGGACCUUGAAGUAGUCGUGGUUUCGAAGAAGGAGAAAAGUUUCACGAAACUGACAAAUGAUCAAGUUGAGCACCAUCUAAAUGCAAUUGCAAACCGAGAUUGA